GCUUAUAAAUGGAUUUCUUAUUUAAAGAGAACAGAGACUGUGACCACCACACUCCCACAACUAAGAACAGGGAUUUCCCCUCUCUCUCUCUCUCUCACUCUCUAGAAUCUUUUCGUUUCUCUCUGCUGCCUGAAUCCAUGGAUCCAUACAAGUACCGCCCUUCAAGUGCUUAUGACUCUCCCUACUGGACAACAAACGCCGGUGCUCCAGUGUGGAACAAUGACUCAGUACUGACUGUUGGAACUAGAGGUCCAAUUCUCCUCGAGGACUACCAUUUGGUGGAGAAAAUUGCCAAUUUUGAUCGAGAGCGCAUUCCAGAACGCGUUGUCCAUGCAAGAGGGGCCAGUGCCAAGGGGUUUUUCGAGGUCACUCAUGAUAUUACUAACCUUACUUGCGCAGAUUUCCUUCGAGCCCCAGGUGUUCAGACUCCCGUCAUUGUUCGUUUCUCCACUGUUAUCCAUGAGCGGGGUAGCCCUGAAACCCUGAGGGAUCCUCGAGGUUUUGCUGUCAAGUUCUACACCAGAGAGGGUAACUUUGAUCUGGUGGGCAACAAUUUCCCUGUCUUCUUCAUCCGUGAUGGAAUGCAAUUCCCAGACGUGAUCCAUGCUUUUAAACCCAACCCUAAGUCCCACAUUCAGGAAUACUGGAGAAUCCUCGACUUCUUGUCUCACCGUCCGGAGAGUUUGAGCACGUUUGGCUUCUUUUUUGAUGAUGUGGGUGUUCCUCAAGAUUACAGACAUAUGGAAGGUUUUGGUGUUCACUCCUUUACUCUUCUCAACAAAGCUGGGAAAGCAAACUAUGUGAAGUUUCACUGGAAACCUACUUGUGGAGUGAAGUGUUUGUUGGAGGAAGAGGCCAUUAGGGUUGGAGGGUCCAAUCACAGUCAUGCCACCAAGGAUCUCUAUGAUUCAAUUGCGGCUGGUAACUAUCCUGAGUGGAAGCUUUUCAUCCAGAUAAUGGAUCCUGAUCAUGAGGACAGAUUUGAUUUUGAUCCACUUGAUGAUACCAAGAUCUGGCCUGAGGAUAUUUUUCCCCUGCAGCCGGUGGGCCGCUUGGUCUUGAAUAAGAACAUUGAUAACUUUUUUGCGGAGAAUGAGCAGCUUGCAUUUAAUCCUGCUACUGUGGUGCCUGGUAUCUACUAUUCUGAUGAUAAGAUGCUCCAAGCUCGGCUAUUCGCUUAUGGUGAUACUCAGAGGCACCGUCUUGGACCAAACUAUCUGCAGCUCCCAGUUAAUGCUCCUAAGUGUGCUCAUCACAACAAUCAUCAUGAUGGGUUCAUGAAUUUCAUGCAUAGGGAUGAGGAGGUAAAUUACUUCCCUUCGAGGUUCGAUCCUGUUCGUCAUGCUGAGAGAUACCCUAUUCCCCCUGUUAUCUUGACCGGAAGGCGUGAGAAGUGCGUGAUUGCGAAAGAGAACAACUUUAAGCAGCCCGGGGAGAGAUACCGAUCAUUUGCACCAGACAGGCAAGAGCGAUUCAUCUGCAGAUGGGUUGAGGCUUUAUCUGAGCCACGUGUCACCCAUGAAAUCCGAAGUAUUUGGAUUUCAUACUUGUCUCAGGCUGACAAGUCUUUGGGUCAGAAAGUAGCAUCUCGUCUCAAUGUGAGGCCAAGCUUUUGAAGCCGACCCGAUCCGAACCGAACCUAGAGCUUUGAGUUGCUGAGUGAGAAAAAGUAUGUAGAGAAGAUCUUAAGUGUGGUCUGGAAGUAUGAAGUCCUUGUUAAUCCUUUUAUGAUGCUUGAAGUUGUAAUUAUUAAUCUAAACACUAAACGCGCUUGUAUGUCAUGUGCUUGCCUAUCUUAAUAAAUCAUGGUUAUGCUUCCAAUA